AUGUUUGACUCACCUUGGAAUACGACCAGCGGUUUGAUUUUUAAGCGUAUCAAGUUUGGUGAUAUCGUAGUCGACGCAAGGGUGGACACAGGAUCCGAUUUGAGCCUACUAAGAUAUGACGUUUUUAGAAAGCUAAGGUAUCCGCAAUUAAGCAGUGACAAACGACGUUUGGUGGGUAUAAAAGAAAGCGAACUAAACACAAUAGGGGGUGUAACUAAGGAAACUAGAGUAGAUAAUAUCGCGGUCGAAGUAACUUUUCAUGUAACCAGAAGCAAUGACUUACGUUACGAAGCAGUUAUCGGGAACGAUAUCCUAAAGGUAGCAAAUAUAUCAUUUGCAGAAGGCGUAGCUAUGUUUACAAGCAAAGAUCAUAAAGACGUUGAGGUAAAUAGUACCGAGGUAGGAGGCAUAAUACCUGUUCCUUUCGAUAACAAAGAAGAUAAAAACCAGAAUUAUCUUUUGCGUGAAUUCCCAGCUCUGUGCUUACAAAAUUCUUUAAACGACGACGAGGAGUUUCCUCCUUUGAACAUAACGCACUUAUCUGUUGAAAAGCAGUCUGCUUUAUACUCUAUGGUUAGACAGUAUACUCCAAAACCGAACUCCGAAUCCCCGGUUCAAAUGACAAUAAUUUUGGCUGAUGACGUACCUAUAUACCAAACUCCGCGCAGGGUUUCGUAUGCGGAUCAGCGCGUCAUAGAUGAUCAAGUUAGCAAUUGGCUAAAGGAUGGUAUAGUCCAGCCAAGCAAUUCUGAGUAUGCUUCGCCGGUAGUUCUGGUGCCGAAAAAAGAUGGCACAAAGAGACUAUGCUGA